UUUAUGUAAUAUUGAUGGUCUAUUUAAAGCAUAACCUUGUAUAAUUAUAAAGUUUAAUUUAUAAGUGUGAUUUUAUUACUAGUGUAAAUAAAUUUAUCUGAGAAAUAAUGACAGAUAUGAAUGAAAAAUAUACAUUUGAAGCUGAAUGGUAUGACAAAGUAGCUAGUGUUUUGAAAAAGUUUUAUCUCUACUAUUAUCCAUUCGAUAAUACAGUUGAAUUGUUUGAUUUAAAAACUAAAAAAACAUUUUUAAAAAGAUCAAAAUGCGAAGGUAUUCAAGCAAGAGAUUUUUAUGUAGGUGCUAUUGUAACAAUAUUUUCACGAAAUAUAAAAAUAACAAAUUACGCAGAUUGUGCUACACAAACAAAAUUACAAACAAAAAUGCAAAGAACAUUUGCAAUAGUGAAGCCUUGUGUUGUUGAUAAAUUAGGAGAGAUAUUAAAAAUAAUUAUUUCUUCUCAGUUACACAUUGUAAAUAUUAAAAUGAUUAAAUUAUCAUAUGAACAGGCAAUGGAACUCUAUCAAGAUAAAAAAGAAGAAACCAAUAUAGCGUAUAUGGUAAAUUAUAUCGCUUCUGGUCCUAUUGUAACUUUAGAGUUAAUAGGUGAUAAUGCAAUUACACGAUGGCAAGAAGUGAUGGGACCAGAAGACAGCAAAGAAGUUAUUGCAAAAGCCCCAUCUUCCAUUAGAGCACUAUAUGGUAAAGAUGAUAUUCAUAAUGCAGUACAUGGUUCAGAAAAUGAAAAAGCAGCAGAAAAAGAAUUAGAAUACUUUUUUCCUAGUCCAAAAAGUGGAAGAAAGGGACCAACAAAUACAGCAACAUUAGAAAACUGUAUUUGCUGUAUUAUUAAACCGCAUGCUAUUCAGGCAAAAUUAAUUGGAAAUAUUGUGGAUGAUAUACAAAAAGCUGGUUAUACUAUUUCUGCAAUACAACAAUUUUUUGUUAAUCCAUUUGAUGCAGAAGAAUUUUUAGAAGUUUAUAAAGGAGUUCUUCCUGAUUAUGCUGCUAUGGUGGAGGAAUUACAAUCAGGACCAUGUAUUGUUAUGGAAAUAAAGCAUAAAGAUGAAAAAUUUGAUAUUCAAGCAGAAUUUAGAAAACUAUGUGGACCUAUGGAUCCAGAUAUUGCACGACAAGUGAGACCAGAUACUCUUCGAGCAAAAUAUGGCAAAACUAAAGUACAAAAUGCUGUACAUUGUUCUGAUUUACCAGAGGAUGGAAUCUUAGAGGUGGAGUACUUCUUUAAAAUUCUUGAGAAUAGCUAAAUACAUUGAAAAUAACUAUUAUUU